GUCUCGCGAGAGGCGGCGCAGCAAAGAUGGCGGCGCCGGGGACGGAGGCGGCGGCGGGGCCGGGCCCGGGCCCGGGGCAGGUGCCCAGCAGUAACGGCGCUGCCGGGGCCGGUACCGGCGCCGGGGCCGAGAGCCCGCAGGGGCAGCAGCAGCAACCGGCACCGAACGCCUGGCAGGUGGUGAAGGGGGUCCUGUUCAGGAUUUUCAUCAUCUGGGCCAUCUCCAGCUGGUUCCGGCGCGCGCCGGCGCCGCAGGAGCCCAACGGCAGCGGGGGCAGCGCCCGGAGCCCCAGCAGGAACCUCUUCCCCAAGGACACCCUGAUGGAUCUCUACGUUUACAUCUCGGAGCACGAGCACUUUACGGAUUUCAACGUCAGCUCCGCCCUUUUCUGGGAAAAGCGGGAUCUGGUCUACGGGGACUGGACCAGCGGCGAGAAUUCCGACGGCUGCUACGAGCACUUCGGAGAGGUGGACAUCUCCCAGAGCGUGCAGCGGAACGGCUCCAUCUACGUCCACGUUUAUUUCACCAAGAGCGGCUUCCACCCCGACCCGCGGCAGAAGAGCCUCUACCGGCGCCUGGCCACCGUGCACACCUCCAGGAUGAUUAACAAAUACAAGCGGCGGCGAUUCCAGAAAACCAAAAAUCUCCUGACGGGAGAGACGGAGGCGGAUCCCGAAAUGAUCAAGAGGGCCGAGGAUUUCGGGCCGGUCGAGGUCAUCUCGCACUGGCACCCCAACCUGACCAUCAACAUGGUGGAUGACCACACGCCCUGGGUGAGGGGCAGCGUGCCCCCGCCGCUGGACCAGUACGUGAAGUUCGACGCUCUGAGCGGGGAUUAUUUCCCCAUCCUCUACUUCAACGACUACUGGAACCUGCAGCGCGACUACUUCCCCAUCAACGAGAGCGUGCGGCGCCUGCCCUUGCGCCUGUCCUUCUGCCCGCUCUCGCUGUGGCGCUGGCAGCUCUACGCGGCGCAGAGCUCGCGCUCGCCCUGGCACUUCCUGGGCCAGGAGCUCUACGAGCAGAGCGACGAGGAGCAGGACUCCGUCAAGGUGGCUCUCCUGGAGACCAACCCGUACCUGCUGGCUCUCACCAUCGUCGUCUCCAUCGUGCACAGCGUCUUCGAGUUCCUGGCCUUCAAAAACGACAUCCAGUUCUGGAACAGCCGGCAGUCCCUGGAGGGGCUCUCGGUGCGCUCCGUGUUCUUCGGGGUGUUCCAGUCGCUCGUGGUGCUGCUCUACAUCCUGGACAACGAGACCAACGUGGUGGUGCAGCUCAGCGUGCUCGUGGGGCUGCUCAUCGACCUCUGGAAGAUCACCAAGGUCAUGGACGUCAGGCUGGACCGGGAGCAGCGCCUGGCCGGGCUCUUCCCGCGGCCGCGCUUCACCGACAAAUCCACCUACGUGGAGUCCUCCACCAAGGUCUACGACGACAUGGCGUUCCGGUACCUGUCCUGGAUCCUGUUCCCGCUGCUGGGCUGCUACGCCGUGUACAGCCUGCUCUACCUGGAGCACAAGGGCUGGUACUCGUGGGUGCUCAGCAUGCUCUACGGCUUCCUGCUCACCUUCGGGUUCAUCACCAUGACCCCCCAGCUGUUCAUCAACUACAAGCUGCAGUCGGUGGCGCACCUGCCCUGGCGCAUGCUCACCUACAAGGCGCUGAACACCUUCAUCGACGACCUGUUCGCCUUCGUCAUCAAGAUGCCCAUGAUGUACAGGAUAGGCUGCCUGCGGGAUGACGUGGUGUUCUUCAUCUACCUGUACCAGCGCUGGAUCUACCGCGUGGACCCCACGCGCGUCAACGAAUUCGGCGGCACCGGCGAGGCCCCAGAGCCCCCCCAGCCCCCCCCGGGCUGCCCCUCCCCCACAGCGCUGCCCCCCGCCCCUCCCCCAGCCCCGCCCAAGCCCUCGAGGAGAAGAAGGAGGAUUAGACGCCCCCUCCCCCCCACGGCCAUUCCCAACUUUUCUCCAUCCCCCCCCCCAAAAAAAAAACAAAAAAACAAAAAAUGGGGAGGGGGGAGCGGCGGGGGUGGGGGCGGGGUGGGGGCGCGGCCCCCCCUCCCGCUUUUCCCAUUGGCCAGCCGGGAUUUUUUGGGGAGGGGGGCUUGUUAUGGGGAUGGGCGGGGGAUGUCCCGUCCCGUCCCCCGGCCCCGCCCGGUGUCCGGUGUCGCCUCCCGGUGUUGUCGCGUCCCUGUCGUGCUCCAUCCAUCCAUCGUCGGUGUGGUAGGAAAAAGUGUCCGCGGAGCCAUAAAAGAGCUGAUUUCACCCCAAAAGCGGCCCGGCCGCAACCGGGACCGGAACCGGGACCGGAGCCCCCGAAAGGGACCGGACCGGGAUCCCCUGACCGGCACUGGCACCGGAGAUCCACGGAUCGGAGCCCCUGACCGGGAUCGGAACCGGAACCGGGACCCCCGAACGGGACCGGCACCGGAUCCCCGGCACGGCACUGGACCGGCAUCGGAAAUCCACGGAUCCGAGCCCCUGACCGAGACCGGGACCGGGACCCCCGAACGGGACCGGCACCGGAGCCCCUGGGCGGGGACCGAGAGCGGAGCCCUGGAACCGGGACCCCCCGGCCGGUUCCGUUACCGGAGCCCCCGGGACUCCCUGACCGGUACCGGCUCCGGUCGCGGAUCGGCUCCGACCGCGGCGGUCCCGGAGCCAGGCGGGGUCCCCGUGUCGCCGAUGCCGGACGGGCCGGGGGUGGCCCCGGGGGUGGCCCCGGGGUCCCCCCUGUCCCCGCCCCCCACGGGGACCCCGCGGAAAGGGGCGCGGCCCCCCCCGGGCAGCGACUCCGAGCACGAUUCGGGAUUUUCAGAUUCCGGUUCGGAGCACCUGGGCAGGUGCGAGGGGACGGACCGGGAGGAGCCGCCCGGUCCCGGCCGCGUCCACCGGGGGCCCACCUGCCUCGGCCACGCCCCCCCGGGACCGCAGCCCCCGGGAGCCGCUCGGGACCCGCGUCCCCUCCUGGUCCUGCUGCGCCCCGCGCCCGCCGCCGUUCCCGGUCCGGAGGGGACCCGGCCGUGUCUCCCGGUGCCACCGGGGGUCUCCGCGGAGCUGUGGCCGUGUCCCCGCGGCUCCUCGCGGCCCCGCUCUCCGCCCGCCGCAGUUCCCGGUCCGGAGGAGACCCGGCCGUGUCUCCCGGUGCCACCGGGGCUGUGGCCGUGUCCCCGCGGCUCCCCUCGGUUCGGCGGGGCGCUGCUGGCGGCGCUGGCGCUGCGCACCGGGGCCCUGCUCCGCCACAACCGGCGCACGCACGGCGACAUCGCGGCACUGCGGCGGCACACGCGGCUGCUGGCCCGGGCCACCCGCGACCCCCGCGUGUGGCCCCGCCUGUGUCGCCUGCUGGGCCACCCCGCGGGAGCCCCCGGGAGCCCCCGGGAGCCGCCCGGGCGCGGGGAGGGGGCGGGGGGCGGCGGGGAAUAA